AUGCAGACUGCUUCUAUUAACAUUUGUGAAAGACUGUGCAAUAAGUCCAUCUGUGAAAUUUCCUUGCUACUAAAUAUUCCACGGUCAACUGUUAGUGGUAUUAUAACAAAGUGGAAGCAACUGGGAACAACAGCAACUCAGCCACAAAGUGGUAGGCCACGUAAAAUGACAGAGUGGGUUCAGUACAUGCUGAAGUGCACAGUGUGCAGAAGUCGCCAAGAGUCAAUAGCUAAAGACCUCCAAACUCCAUGUGGCCUUCAGAUUAGCCCAACAACUGUGCAUAGAGAGCUUCAUGGAAUGGGUUUCUGUGGCUGUGCAGCUGCAUCCAAG